AUGUCUAUAUCAACAAACCUGUCGAUUAUCAACUUUACCCCAUAUGAGUGGACCUACGUUGGGAAAUCAAAGACGGCAGGAGCCGCAGGACUGACAGAAUGGGUUUUCCCAAAAACCCUCGCAUCAGGGCAUACAUUUGAAGCUGAGAUUAUUGUUGACGGCCAGGCCGACGCCGUCGCCGUCGCCGCCGUGCAAUGGCCGUUCACCUGGGACGGCGGCGCGGACCCCGUCAUCAACCUCAAAUAG